AUGCGCUCCCUAUCCCUCCUCCCCACCCUCCUCUCCCUCACCACCCUCACCAACGCCCACUUCUUAAUGAACUACCCCCCCUCCCUCGAAGGCUCCAACAUCGACGAGGACAAAGAACCCGACGCCCCCUGCGGCGCCAAGACUCCCAACCUUUCCUCGGACACCACCACGACCGACUUCCACGUCGACGGCGACUUCAUCGCGCUCUACGCCGGCCACCCGCAGUUCAACUGGCUGUACCGUGCGUCGGUGCAAGAGGUCGGCGAGGGCAACUGGACACAGCUGUACCCGAUCCUUCAGCAGAGCGGCCUUGGGGAUCUGUGCUCGCCGCUGGUGAAGGCGCCCAAGGAGUGGGUGGGCAAGAAGGGUGUUGUGGGUGUGGCUGGUGUUGGUGGGGAUGGCACUUUGUUCCAGUGCGCCAUUGUCAACUUCGUCGAGGGAACCAACGCCAAGGCGCCGAGCUCGUGCACCAACAGCACGGGAGUCACGGCGAGCUACACGAGUGAUGCGUCGUUGAGCAAGUUGGUCGGAGAGCAUGUUGAGGCACCGGCGGCUCCUACGGGUACCGAGGCACCGGCUCCUACGGGUACCAAGGGGAGUAAGAGUGCUGGUGUGGUUGUCCGUGGAGGAGGGUUGGCGGCGCUGGGUGCGGCGGUUGUUGCUGGUGUUAUGAUGCUCUGA